AGUCUUCCCUCUCAAUUCCACAUAUACAUUUUUUUUUGCAACUUCUACGUGCCAAAACUCAUGCCACUAUUUUCCUAUAUAGGCAAGAGACUAGAACAACUUUGUAGUUGUUCAUGUUUUUGUCGAUUCACAUGGUUUCAUCUUCGUGGAAAUCGAUUUUCAUUAGAAUUGUUCUAUUUUCUCUUUAUUUCGUCAUUAGGAUUUCUUGUCCUGCAUUCAUUAGAUACAAAUUCUAACACUUUCAUCCCUAAGAACUUGGACCUAUUCUUCAUGUCAGUCUCAGCCGCUACCGUUUCUAGCAUGUCAACUAUAGAAAUGGAGGUUUUCUCUAAUUCACAACUUGUCAUUUUGACAAUUCUUAUGUUUAUUGGUGGUGAGGUUUUCCUUUCAAUGAUUGCACUCUACAUUCGUAAGUUCUUUCUAAAGGUUUCUCCUAAAGAUGGUAACAAACUUGAUCCUUCUAUAAGUUACAUCAACAAACAAUCUUGCUUUGAAGAUAAUAUGGAGCUAAAUUACAUAACAAUCAGUGACUUAAAAAGUUCAAAAGCUAAUAGUUUUUGUUGUGAAACUGUCUCUACAUCAUCCGAUGUCGAUAUGGAAGAUUUGAAGUACAAAUCCUUCAAGUUUUUGUGCCUUGUAGUAUUCUUGUACCUAGUAUUAGUCCAAUUUUUGGGUGUGGUCUCAGUUUUGAUAUACUUAAAUGUCAUUUCUAGUGCCAAAAAUGUACUCAAGCAAAAGGGUCUAAAUGCACUCAUUUUCUCCAUCUUUACCAUAGUUUCAACCUUUGCUAAUUGUGGCUUUGUUCCAACUAAGGAAAACAUGAUUCCUUUCAUCAAAAAUUCUGGUUUGUUGUUAAUUCUCAUUCCUCAAGUCCUUUUAGGCAACACUUUGUACCCUCCUUUUUUAAGGUUUUCGAUAUGGGUCAUUGGAAAAUUCACUAACAAGGCCGAAACUAGCUACUUGUUAAAGAACUCUAAAUUAGUUGGUUACCAUCAUCUUCUUUCUUACAUACAUUCGUCCCUUCUUGUGAUCACGGUCUUAGCUAUUAUCUUGGUGCAAUUUGUUCUGUUUUCGUCCAUGGAGUGGAAUUCUGUCUCUUUGGAAGGCCUAAAUGUCUACCAAAAAUUUGUUGGAAGUUUGUUUCAGACAGUGAACACACGACACACCGGUGAAUCAAUAGUUGACCUCUCCACGGUCAGCGCUGCUGUAUUGGUUUUGUUCGUCGUAAUGAUGUAUCUUCCACCAUAUACCACUUUCCUACCAAUAGCGGAAGAGAGUUGUGAACAAGGGAGUAAAAUAAGCAGCAAAGUUAAAGAGAACUUAAUCUUCUCACAACUCUCAUAUUUGACGAUCUUCAUCAUACUUGUUUGCAUAACAGAGAGGAAACACAUGGUUAAAGAUCCUCUCAACUUCAAUGUUUUGAACAUUGUGAUUGAAGUCAUAAGUGCAUAUGGAAACGUCGGAUUCUCAACAGGCUAUAGCUGCGAUCGCCGGCUAUAUCGAGAUGGAAACUGUGAAAACAAGUGGUAUGGUUUUUCAGGAAAAUGGAGUGAUCAAGGAAAGCUAGUGUUGAUUGUCGUUAUGAUUUUUGGUAGGUUGAAAAAGUUUAACUUGAACGGAGGCAAGGCAUGGAAACUCUUAUGACAAGCAAUUAUGUAACUUUGUGUCCUCUAACUAUAUGAUUGUGUACAAAUAAAAUGAAUAUGUUAUGUGUGUGAUACAUUAUUCAUUGUUUAGGUUGGAAUUAUUGUUAAUACUGAAUAAUGAAUUGGCCUUUUUCUUGACUUCAUUUUUCA